AUGAGCUCAAAACCAGGCUAAAUUAUGCUUAAGAAAAAAUUGCCAGAUAAGAAGAAGAAAUUAACUAAUUAAAUUAAACAUAACAAGGGUAAUCUAAGGAAGAUUUAUCAUUAGAGGAUGAUGAUAAUUCAUAAAUGUUCAUUGCUACUAAACAUAAUAAUUAAAAAAUAAUAAGAGCACAAUAACAAAAGAUUAUUGAGUAGUAAUUAGUUGUAUAAUCAGAACAUAUUAAUAUAACAAGAAUUUCAUGAAGAAAAAUCUAAAACACUUCAUAAAUUUCAAUAAAGCUGCAAUUAAAAUGCGAUAUCUUAUUCAAAUAAGGCUUAUAGUUAGGGUUAACUUCCCUUUGAAAGUUAAUAUCAGAAUUCUAUGAAUGAUCUAAAAAUGAUUUAAUCUUAAGCAAAGGAAACAUCUGAUGUUAUUCCACCAUAAAGAUAAAUAUUAAGAGGUAAUGCAUAAAAAUAAUGCGAAGAAAAUAAGAAAGCAGAAGAAUGUGGUGGCUCUUAAAAGGAUUCACAAAAAUCUAACUUGAGAUAAAAUUUAUUAAAAUUUGAUAUUACUAAUUAAAUUAUGGCCUCAGGAUAUGAAUAAUUGAAAGAAGGUUUUCUAUUCAAGCCAGUACCUAAAAAGGAUUUGUUAAAAGAGAAAAGAUAACGUUAGAUUUAAAAUAAAUCAUCUUUUGAUGCAAUUUUCAUAAAAAAGAAUCAAAAAAUCAUGCAAUAUAAAAAUAACUUAGAAUAAUAGCUGCUUAACUAAGUAUAAUAUCGCAAUUCUAUUUAACCUCGUCUUAAUAAGCCCUCUAAUUUAUUACUUUAUUAGAAAGAUUUAAUUUAAAAUAAAGGCGAAAACCAAGUAGAAGAAAAUCAAUCAGACCUAAAUGCAGUUAUUUCUAAAAAAAACAAUCAAAACUCAAAAUGCAAUUAAAAAUACUAAUAGAGUAAAAAUUUAAAUCAAGGAAAUAAAAUAGAAAAUAUUUAAAUCUCUAAAUCUAAAAAUAAUUUAACUGAUUUCUAUACAUACUAAAUUAAUUCAUCAGAGAAAAUAAAUAUUCAAAUACUCUAAUCGCCUGAUGAUACUUAAGGCCCUAUUCUCCCACAUUAAUAACCAAAAUUUGAUUAAUUCAUUCCAAUUUAGUAAGAAAAACUGAAUGUAUAAAGAAACUCGCUUUAAACUUAGUCAGAAAGCUCUUUUUACUAUCAAAAUUAGAAAGAUUUUUGUGACCAAAGUUAAAAUCAAGUGAAUUAUAUCUAUUCUAAUUAGCCAAGUUAGAAUACGAUUAACUCAUUUAAAAUGUAGAAUGCGUCAUUUGAAAAUAAUUAAAAAAAUGAAUUUAUAAAUCAAAAUAAUACAAAUAUGAAUAAUUCUUCUAAUAAAAGCUCAACAAUAAAUUAAAAUUGUUUAGAAGUUCAGAGUAAUAUUUAUUUGUAAAAUCAAAAUGCUUCAUCUUUAUCCUCAUCUUUAAAAAAUAAAACAAAUACGAAUUCUAUGAGAUUAAUCAACGAUAUAUGCAGUGAUAAAAUGAAUAUUUAGAAUGAAAAUAAUUAAAAUUAAAAUAAUAAAAAUAAUAAUUAAUUAAAUAAUAUUAUUUUAAAUCAAACAUUUGAUUAGAUACCAUCAAGCUCAGAAGAUUUUGAAAACGAAAUUACCUUAGAAGAUUCAAAUAUGAAGACGAUGAUUGAAAAUACUAAUGAAGAUCCUAAAUAAAUCUAAUAUGAAUAAGAGCGCCGUUAAUUUAAGGAGCUAUAUGAUAAUAUAAAAAAGUUUGGAUAAUAGGGAGACCUUUUAUUUGAAGAGUUUAUGAUUAUAGGACCUGAUUUAGAGGAACUAAAAGACUUAAUUCAUCAAAAUCCAAAUACAUUUAGAAAUUAAAAAGAAUUUAGUUAGGGAUAUGUGAAAGGUAAUAUAUAAUAAAGUAUUCUAUUUUCUUAGCCUUGUUAUAUCUCUCCGUUUUAAGACUAAUUGAGAUAGGAUAUAACAUAAUAAGCCUUUCCAUAAGGUGUUUAGUAUUACAGAUAUAAGAGUUAAUCAGAUUUAUAAAAUAUGCCUGGUAAGUUCAAAGAUAUUUUCCUCAUGAAUCUUUGCAAGUAAAAGCAGCGAGGCGUUGACUAGAAUAUAUUUAUUCUAACCCUAAUGGGAGAUGAUUAUAAAAGAAGUAAACAUAUUUCUCUUCAGAAUACAAAUUCAAACUCGCUUAUGUAUGGAAUUUGCUAUUAAUAAUAUGAUUUACUAGUCGCGCAAGACGAAGUUUCUUAAGAAAAAACUAUUUUCUUAUUUCCAACAGUCUAUUGCAUCAUUACAUAAUAUCCAUUUAUUGAUUAUUUCUUGAAAAUAAUCUUAGAAAUAGUCAAUAGAAUCAAGACUAUUAGAUUAAUUAAAGGGUCUUUUUCAGGUAAAAUAGACAAUAACCUUUAAGAUAUAGAUUUCGAGAAAGUGAUCUUCUAUCUCUAAAGAGACAGAGAAUUAAGUUUAAGUCUCAGCGCUUUACAGAUCAAGGAGCCCUCACCUGAUAGAGUACUAACUUAUUUUCUGAAAAAUGUUCAAAGCUACUUAUUAGAGUAGGAAGAUUAAAUCUCCUCUAGUUUGAUAAAUAGAAUAACUCACAAUAGUUAAGCAACAUAAUAUAACCAAUUUAAUACAUUAUCAUUCAAUGUACCUAUUUUAGAAGAAAUGUGCUAUGUAGAAGGAUUAGAAACAGCAUAUUUAACAUUUUCUAACCUUCCUUACUCAGACUUUUAGCUUAUAUUUACUCUAAUUAUGCUUGAAAAAAAGGUGAUUUUUCUCUCAGAAAACAUCACAUUGCUUACAUUUACAAUAAUAACCUUUUAAAAUAUCAUUAACCCUUUUAAGUUUCCUUACUCAAUAAUAUCUUCGCUCAGUAAAGACCGGAUGGGCCAAAUUAAUUGCCCAGUACCAUUUAUAUUUGGAGUCAAUCUAAGCUCAGAUGAAUUCAAAUACCAAUAUGGUUAUGAUGAUGAGUGUUAUUAUAUCGAUUUGGAUAAAAAUGUUUUUACUUCCUUAAAUCCAAUUGAUAUUGACACAAUUUACAAUUAAAGAUUUAAAUUUACUAGUUAAAAGGAAUAAAUAAAACAAAUCUUUAAGGCAAUAAACAAUAAAAUUUCUUCUAGAUAGCUUGGAAAUAAGUUCAAAAAGCUAUUUCAAGCGUCUUAAAACCAUAAAUAACUUGUUUAUAAUCCAGAUGAGCAAUAAAUAAAAAAUUUAAAAACACUUUUGGUACUGAUAAGAAAGUCAAUUUAUUAAUGUAUUGUUAACAAAUUACAAACCUCACAUGCUUUUUUACAAAAUGAUGACUUUGAAUAAUUAGUAAUAGAAGUCUAAAAAGCCAUCUUAAAAAAUAAUUUAAAAGAUAAAGCUUUUCUAGAAAGCUUUGUUUAAACAUAAACUUUUUCUUUCUAUAUCCAAUAAAUAUACUUAUGA